AUCGUACAUAUUUUAUUCUCAUUUUGGUUCGAUACUUUUGUGUAUACAUACAUACGCGUUGAAACCAUUUCGAGAAAUUUUUAUGAUUGCUCGACCAUCGUUGCCUGGCUUUUAUUAUGAUCCUCAAACAGACCGAUAUUAUCGAAGGACAAGAGAGUUAUUAGUGGAUCAACAACCACAAGAUCACUUUUAUGAAGAAACAUAUACGAAGAGGAAUACAAGAAGAACCAGUAUUUUAGAACAUCUGAAGAGAAGAGAAAACAAUGCACUGCCUAGACUCAGUUGUGCACAAACUUGUCAAAGUUUCUUACACUAUUUCCCAAUAUCUCAAGCGAAACAAGAGAAACUGGAAAGUCGUUCAUUGUUGCCUCGGUUCUUUGACUUUGAUACUUGUUCGAAUAGUGGAGUAAGAGUUUGUAUGCUUUCCACUGACCCUGGCUCUUUUGGUGUCACACAAAUAUCUUUCGACGCUACUACAGGUGUUCAAUUUAAGAGAUUUUUUUAUAUUGAUUAUGGUUCCUUGCAAAUAGAAUUCGCACGUCAUCUUCCAACGGAGGAUUCUUCGACACUGUUGCUUUGUCGUAGUCUGGAAUACCAAAGCUUUGUUAUUGUCAACAACACGAAUACAAAUGGAGCUAACUGGGUUUGUCAAAGAAAGUCAAAGCCUUGUUUCUGUUUAGAAGUAAAUAGAAAGUGUAGUCCUGGAAACUCAAACAUAUUAUUUGCUUCUGGGCACUGCGGAGGUCAAGUCCGUUUGGAGAACAUUGUAUCGGAACGAUCGAUUGACACUUGUCACAGUUGGAAACUGCAUAAGAAUUCUGAUAUAGUUACCUUAGAUUUUAUUGAUAGUCAUUCGUUGAUUGCUGCUUCACGUUCUGGAGAAGGCUGUAUAUUGGAUAGUCGACAAAGAUUUCCUUGUUUCUCUUUUUCGUUAAACUCCAACGGCAAUAGACUCGAAUCCUCCAUACCAGGAGCUAAUCCUCUUAGUUGUAAAGCUUUGCAAGAAUUUUCAGCUGUAAUAUUUGGGUUGGUUUCUAAUCGUUUGGAGUUGUGGGAUUUAAGAAAGUUAUCUCAGAAGAAUGUCAGCUAUGAUGAUCAUCAUAUGGAUUAUUUUCCAUUACCCAUCAGUGUUUCUACUUGUUUAGACUUGGUCACUUGUGGCUCCACAGACAAUCAGUUGAGAGUUUGGGACUUGAAAAAGGGAGGUUUGCCUAUCUUCAUGGAAACAUGUCAUUAUUCAGCGAGUGCUUCUCCCAUUUGUUGUAGUUUUCUUUCAGGUCAUCCACCCGUUGGAAUACUGUUUUCUAGUUUGAAUUCUAUCGGGUUGAUAGGUUACUAUGUUGUUUUCAUAGCAUUGGUAGUCAUGGUGGGAUGGACGAAGGUUACUGAGUUGUUUUAUAAUAGCAGUUAUGAAAUACAUUUUGUACUUAUCCUUUGGUUCCAACGAAAUGGAAAUGACUUGAGCAAUGGAGUGGUUUCCCUCUCCAGUGAAGAUUGUAUGAAUACUUUUGUCAAGCAUGAGAACAAAAGAAUGAAAGCAAGUUGUACGUAUAUCCUAUUUAUAUCAUCCUUGUUACAAGUUGUGUGUGAGAAAGCGUGAGUGAAUAUAGUCUUGAAACGCUACGGGUAUAUAACACGUU